AACCCCACAUUCUCUCUCCUCUCAACCUUAUCUAUUACGUCAUCAUCUCACCUAUUUUCUCAAAUCAACGGCUCAGAUCAUUUCACUUCCUCGAUAAAUAAACCCCUCCCUCUUUUCAUUCCAUCUUCAACUGCAAGCUCACCAUUACACCAUCGCCGGCUAUUCUAACUUCUCGUUUAUCACUCUCAUCGGAAAAUAAUACUCCGGUUAAGUAUGGGGCUUCUUGAAAAGCUCUGGGAUGAAACUGUCGCCGGACCUCAGCCGGAUUCCGGCCUUGGACGUCUCCGUAAAUUCAGUACUUUCAAUUCUCGAUCUACUUCUAGUUCUACCCCUUCUAAGGAGAUGGAAGUAGGAAGAUCAUACGCCGGAGAGGGAAUGGUAUCGGGGGCGGAUAAUCAGGAAGAAGUGAAAGUGACGAGAAAAAUAAUGAUUGUUAAACCACCGGGGUAUAAUCAAGGUGCCGGAUCUGCGCCGGCAUCGCCUGCAGGAUCUACACCACCGCAAUCGCCGUUUUCCGGAAGCAGAUCAGGACCAUUCAAGUUUCGGAGGAGAUCGUCGUCUGAUGCGAAUGAGAAGGCAACGAACCAAGACAGAUUGGGAAGCUCUUCUCAAAAUGUUUGAUAUCUGAUCCUCUCGAGACUUAACUCAUACAAGGCGCGCUGCUUUUGUCUUAUCCCUUGCUAUUGUCUAAUAUGUCGUAUACAUCGCACUCAUAAUCUGCAACUCAACAGUUAGCGGCUUGCUUGUGCUAGUAUAUGUACAUAUUUGGUGUAUCGGGUUUUCUUCUGUGCACUCAUCUGUAAUAUAGAGCUUUUCUUGUGAAAUAGGCUUUCUGUUUGAUAACGAUGUUAAUGUAAUAGGUGAAUGUUCUUUGAUCAUCUUCGGUCUUUCAACUUCUUUCGUUUUGUAGGAUUUGUUUACUGGAAUGAAUAAUUAUCAGAGUUGUAA